UUGGAAACGAAUUGCGCGUUCGCCUUGACCUCGCAGGUUUAAAAGAACAUGUCCUCGUCGACGGUAACCACGUCAAACUCAUCAGCGAUCGCGAUUUUUACAACUUUAAACGUCGCAUUUUUAUGUGAACCCUAUACUAUCGAUAAUUCCUCCAUGAUGCAGUGUCUCCUGUUCCUCAUUUCCUCCAUCGUACUCUCUGCUAGGGCUGCGGUGGGCCAAAAUGCCAGCACGAACGCUAGUACGGCCCUUCUGCCUGCCGUGACGUUACCCCUCAAUCGUGAAUGCGUUGCGUUCACGUUUUGUGCUCCUAAUCGAACCUCUACAGAAACCACAACCGCGACCGCUACUGCCACAUCUACGACGACCAAGUUCAGUACCUUCAUCUUCACGCAGUUGAUCACUUCCACCAGAUCCGCCACUUGCUCGGCCCCCACCACAGUGGUGUCCACGUGCACACACAACAUGACGGCAACCACUACCACCACCACCACCACCACACCAACGUCGUCAGAACCGGUAGGGAUCCUGAUCGUUGACACGGUCCCCUCUUCAUCAAAAACAACAAAAAGUGAUGCACCUUGUCAGACGUCCAACGCAACUGCGAGUGUAGUAGUAGUGUAGUAGAAAGUAGCUCUUAUUCGUGUAGGCAUAGACUCAAUACACCACCCAUACUUUUGACGGCCAUGUCACAUAAACGCGUUAAUACACUUAAUUCCUCA